GAUUAUCAAUUGGAAUAUGUUUCCGACAACCGAGUAACUAAGUGAUAAAAGGAGAUAGACGUUAUAUUUGAGUGAAGUGUGACUCAUAGAUAUAUUUAGAUAUCGUAUACAAUCCGAAUAUAGUGGAAAACUAUAUCACAAUAGACAGUUCAGUAGCUUGAUUUGAGCAUAAUUUAUUCAUAGUUAUAUAAAGAAAAUUGUUUUAUCGUAUUUUGAAUCUACAAACUAACCAUAAUUGUUAUAUUACAAGUUAAGCAAAUUUUAUAUAAAAUAAAGAUCACACAUCUUCUCUGGAAAGAGUGUAAUAGAAUUGUCGAACGUCGAGAGUUUGUCGAGUUUAGACCUACAUGAUAAAAGAAAAGUAACUUAAGAAAUAUAUUCAGUGAUAUGGGUACCAACAAAUGUAAAGAACACUUCUAUCCUAGGAACUUUCUAUUGUCUUACGAUAAACCCCAUCAUUUUACAACAUUUGAGUGGGGCUGGCCAAGUGGUUACUUACUAUGGCGUGUAGUAUGGGCUUUAUAUCAUAUUAUCUGGAUAAUAUUGACUGGUGUAUACGCCUGGCAGUGGACCACAACGAAAUCUAAUGAAAUUAAGUGGUUCAUCUACCUCACUCAUUGGGCAUACUUUGUUUUAACACUUAGUAGUUUAAUGGAGUUGAUUGCAGUUAUUCAUAUUCAUUGUAAACGAACCGAUAUAUUAAAAGGAGAAUGUAAAGAGAUGUCUGGUUACCUGAAGUUUGUAUGGGUGAUGUUUAAUGUUUCAAAUACUGCAUCUAUAGCAGUUUCUAUCUUAUUCUGGGCGCUGCUAUAUUCAGAUACAUAUCCAUUAACUACAGUGGACAUAGCAACUCAUCUUUUGAACAGCGCCUAUGUUCUAUCUAACCUGAUAAUAACAGCGGUACCAGUAAGGAUUUACCAUUUCUUCCACCCUGUUUUAUUCAGCACGUUGUAUAUCAUAUUUACUGUGAUAUACCAAGAAGCCGGUGGCUCAAAUGGCCUGGACAAACCUUAUAUUUAUUCUGUUAUUGACUGGAGAACACCCGACACAGCUGCACUGUACUCAGUUUUAGCUGCAUUAGUGUUAACACCAAUAAGUCACGUGAUAGUGUUCAUAUUCUACCUCAUAAGAAAAGCUAUAUUUGAUGCCUGUUUGAAAAAUACUGGACAAUGAAUUUAUAUUUUAUAUUUUUUCAAUUUUUAAUCUUUUAAUAAAAAUAAAAGAAUUAC